AUGGCUUCGAUAAAUGAAUCCGACCUUAUCGCGUUUCUAAAUCAAUUCAGCACAGAAGCUUUAUUCGCUAAAGCUGUUCGGCACUUCGCUAUUUCGCUAAGAUCAAGUGUGAUCGAUCAGAUACUCACUUUAGUGGCUUUUGAAUUGGUGCUUUUAAAAAUUUUCAACGAUGGGUUACGCACCUACGACAGACCAAAGUUCCGUCAGUUCUGUAAACAGAUUGGUUAUGUUCUACGACAGAGUGUCAGGUGUUUGGCAGAAGUUUUCAAAAUUACUAAAGGAAUGCUGUCAUCUGAUGAACUUCAAAUAGUACAGAAGGACCUUGGUCUGUGGCAGUUUCUGGUUGAUCUGCCGUAUGAUAUUGUAAGUGAUUCGUGCCGAAUGCGAUGUCAAAUAUUGCUUCGGAGGAAAGUAACAAUGACAGUAUCACAGCUAUAUGAACUUCGCGAAGUGGAUUUACCGCAUUUGGUUAAGACAGCGGGGAGUCUGUUGGAUAAGUUGCCGGAUUUACCAAACAAUGAUGGUAAUUUUAUGGUGUCCGCUUUGGCAGCGAUCAUUUCGGUUUCGGACAUCGAUGUCGAUUCGUUCGCAGUGGAACUUAUCAAUGUGUGCUUUUUGGAUGUUUCCAUGCGUGAUCACUUCUACAAAGUGGGAUCCGAAGCAAUUGGUGUUCUGAUUGAUAAGCAUCCGCGUAUUCUUCAGAAAAUAUUGCUCCUUAUCGACCGCAAUCUCGACACCCUAGAUGAGUAUGCAGUUGAGGUUCUGUCCACGGCACCGUUGUCAAAGCGUGUUUUGGGUUCGAUGAAUUGGGGCAUCGAUGUGGACGGCCAGUUAUGGUUGCCACAAAAAGUGCACGCUGUUUGCGCAGAUACAAUCGUGAAAGGCCAUAUGGCGCAGUGUAAAGCAACAAAUGGUCUUAUUUCAAAGUCCUGGAAUAAGGUGGCGAAGCUGGCAUCAAAAGUGCCCGAUUAUGAGCAGCAGUUUGACGCUUUUUGCUGGGAUAUUUUAUUGCGCCUGAAGUUGCCUUUAGAGACGAGAAAUUUGAGUGUUAUGUCCAUUAACGAUCUUGCCUCAUUCUAUGUGUUCGUUGUGCAACGCUCAUUGAUAAGUGUUGAUGAAUUUCUCUCUUCGGGUUUGCCGCUGUGGUCGGAACUUAUCACUUCUGGUUGUUAUGCUGCAUCGGUUGUUAUUCUUGCGCGCCUGAUCUCAUCAUUUCCAGAUGCGGUUGGCAGGCUUAUUUCGCAGCCAAACUUUACACAAUGCCUCGACAGGCUGUUUCUCUACGAUCAAUCGUCGUAUGCAGUGAAACUUAUUGCCGGCGAUAGCAAAUUUCCUGGUCCAACAGUGCGACUUCUAGCCUCAGCUGUUACGGUAACUGUUUCUCUGUUGGGGCUAACUCGAGGAUUGGAGAUUCGAGGAUAAAU